GAGACUUCAAACCCAAUCCUGAAAGGACCAAGGGGCUUUAAAAAAUAAAAAGGAGGAGGAGGAGGAGGAGGAAAAGAUGGGCGAUGCAUCCUUUGGUCUGGGUUCACAGUGAGUGACGCUCUUGAUUCAUCAUCCAGCUUCCUCAUGAGCAGCACAGAUAAAUAAGCUGCAGCGCACCUGCUCUUCAUCAACAACUUCAAACCUCCACCGGCUGACCUCGGCCCCUGACCAAAGUUCAAGUUUUCAGUAUCCGGAGACAGUUGAAGAGGCAAGGCGGUGUGCUCCAUCCCUCCCAGUGCCUUGACAACCUGCACAGCCAUGCUGCAAAGGAGAGCGGCAGACGUGCGCCUCUGCGCCCUCACGCACCGCUGGCUGCCAGCGGCGCUGGUGCUGCUCCUCCUCCUCUCCUCCAGCUUCAGCCGUGCUCACAGCACCACGGUGGAGCACGACUUCCACAUCGUCCACAACGUUGACAACAGAAGUCCUGAGAUAGACCCUUUCUGGUAUGUGGGUCGUGGGGUGAGACCCAUCGGGCGCUUUGGGAAGAGACACAUCGGUGCGGAUCAGCUGGGCAGAGGUGGCAUGCAGCCCGUCGUCAGGACAUUGGAGCUGCUGCUCAGCAGCCUCAGAAACAAGGAAAACCUCGGAAAAGAACUGGAUAGAGAAGACAGUGGCUGGUUUCCAUGACCACAUGCUCUCAUUCAUCCACAAACUUUUCAUUUUUUUUUCAAUUGAAAUUUCUUUAGUUUUCUGUCUGUUUUGGCAUUUUUCAGAUCAUUUAUUGUCUGUACAUAAAUAUGUAUUCUAUAUUGAUUAAUAAAUAAGGAUGGUGUGAAUAUA